ACCCGUCCCGGCGCCUGCGCAGAAGCGCGUGCUGAGAGCUCGUCGCGGAGGCGGGGGGCACUGGGAGCGGGAGCUGCGGCCGACGCCGCCGCCGCUACCGCCGCCGCCGGAGCUGAGCGCGGGGACCGAGAUGCAGCUGUUGCCGUUCACCCCGUGUCUUCUGGCCACUUUCUCCUUUGCUGCCCCUCCUCACAGGCUGCCGUUGUCCUCCUCCUGGGGCCCAUCAUGAAUGGUGCCCCUUCCCCGGAGGAUGGGGCCUUCCCUUCUCCGCCAGCGCUGCCACCACCCCCUCCCCCAAGUUGGCAAGAGUUCUGUGAGUCCCAUGCGAGGGCUGCUGCCCUGGAUCUCGCCCGCCGUUUUCGCCUCUACCUGGCCUCCCACCCACAGUAUGCAGAGCCUGGGGCAGAAGCCGCCUUUUCUGGCCGUUUUGCUGAGCUGUUCCUGCAGCACUUCGAAGCUGAGGUGGCCCGGGCCUCGGGCUCACUCUCCCCACCUGUCCUGGCCCCACUGAGCCCUGGUGUGGAGACUGCACCACCACAUGACUUGUCCAUUGAAAGCUGCAGGGUCGGCGGGCCCUUGGCUGUGUUGGGCCCUUCUCGAUCUUCGGAGGACCUAGCUGGCCCCCUCCCUUCCUCAGUCUCUUCCUCCUCUACAACGUCCUCAAAGCCGAAACUCAAGAAACGCUUUUCCCUCCGCUCCGUGGGUCGCUCAGUCAGAGGUUCUGUACGAGGCAUCCUGCAGUGGCGGGGGGCCGUUGACUCUUCCUCCCCAACUGGGCCUCUGGAGACCACAUCGGGCCCUCCAGUCCUAGGUGGAAACAGCAACUCCAACUCCUCUGGUGGUGCUGGGACAGUUGGUAGGGGCCUGGCUAGUGAUGGCACAGCUCCUGGGGAGAGAUGGACUCACCGCUUUGAGAGGCUGAGACUGAGCCGUGGAGGGGGAGCCUUGAAAGACGGAGCGGGAAUCGUACAGAGAGAAGAGCUGCUUAGUUUCAUGGGGGCUGAAGAAGCUGCCCCUGACCCAGCAGGAGUGGGUCGUGGAGGAGGGGCAGCCGGACUGACCUCAGGGGGAGGAGGGCAGCCUCAGUGGCAGAAGUGUCGCCUACUGCUCCGAAGUGAAGGAGAAGGAGGAGGAGGAAGUCGCUUGGAGUUCUUCGUACCACCCAAGGCAUCCCGGCCCCGACUCAGCAUUCCCUGUUCUACUAUCACUGAUGUCCGCACAGCCACGGCCCUAGAGAUGCCAGACAGGGAGAACACGUUUGUGGUUAAGGUAGAAGGCCCUUCAGAGUACAUUCUGGAGACGACUGAUGCACUUCAUGUGAAGGCCUGGGUGUCGGACAUCCAGGAGUGCCUAAGCCCUGGACCCUGCCCUGCUAUCAGCCCCCGUCCCAUGACCCUUCCCCUGGCCCCCGGGACCUCCUUCCUCACAAAGGAUAACACAGACAGCCUGGAGUUGCCCUGCCUGAAUCAUUCAGAGAGUCUGCCCAGCCAGGAUCUGCUGCUGGGAGCCAGCGAGAGUAACGACCGCCUGUCACAGGGGGCUUAUGGGGGCCUUUCCGACCGGCCGUCAGCAUCCUUCUCCCCUAGCUCUGCCUCCAUUGCUGCCUCCCACUUUGACUCAAUGGAACUGCUUCCUCCAGAAUUGCCCCCUCGCAUUCCCAUUGAGGAGGGACCCCCAGCAGGGACAGUUCAUCCCCUCUCAACCCCCUACCCUCCCCUGGAUACUCCAGAAGCAGCCACAGGGUCAUUCCUGUUCCAGGGGGAGUCCGAGGGAGCUGAGGGGGAUCAGCCCCUCUCAGGAUAUCCUUGGUUCCAUGGCAUGCUCUCUCGACUCAAGGCUGCCCAGUUAGUGCUGGAAGGAGGCACUGGCUCCCAUGGUGUCUUCCUGGUACGUCAGAGUGAGACAAGACGUGGUGAAUAUGUUCUCACUUUCAACUUCCAGGGCAAGGCCAAGCACCUGCGUUUGUCACUGAAUGAGGAGGGUCAGUGCCGGGUUCAGCACCUGUGGUUCCAGUCCAUUUUCGAUAUGCUUGAGCACUUCCGGGUGCAUCCCAUCCCUCUGGAGUCUGGCGGCUCCAGUGAUGUUGUCCUUGUCAGCUAUGUGCCCUCCCAGCGGCAGCAGGGCCGGGAGCAGGCUGGGAGCCAUGCAGGGGUGUGCGAGGGCGACCGAUGCUACCCCGAUGCCUCCUCCACCCUCCUGCCCUUCGGAGCGAGUGACUGUGUAACGGAACACCUCCCGUGACCCAACCCAGCCCCCUGAACCCCCUUCAUGGACAGAUCCCCCACAUCCUGGGGCAGAAGAGGCGUCGGGGGCGUCAGAAGUGGCGGCCACCACAGCCGCAGCAGCCAAAGAGAGGCAAGAGAAAGAGAAAGCGGGCGGUGGAGGGGUCCAGGAAGAGCUGGUCCCCAUGGCUGAGCUGGUCCCCAUGGUUGAAUUGGAAGAGGCCAUAGCACCAGGCACUGAGGCUCAGGGUGGCCCUGGCACUGGUGGAGACUUGGGGGUGUCCCUAAUGGUGCAGCUCCAGCAGCUACCACUAGGGGGCAAUGGAGAAGAAGGGGGCCACCCCCGAGCCAUUAAUAACCAGUACUCCUUUGUGUGAGAUACCUGCCCACCCUCCAUUUUCCUGCUCCAGCCUUAAGUUGUGAGACUGGGCUGGGUAGGGACACUGAGGAAAGUGGGAGUCCCCUCCCCACAUGCUUCCUGACCCUUGUCAUCCAAGGGCAUAUAUGUUGGUACAAGUAGAGGUUCAAGAGCCCUGUUAAGUCCCCAGUUACUACACUACAGGUGCCCUUGCCCCGAGGCCAAGGACUUGGGCUCCAUUACCUCCCUGAGGGGCUCUCAUGGUCAGCCCCAUCCUUGGGGGCUAUUUCCCCACUAAUAACCCCCAACCCAAGCAAGGGUGAGGGGGAAGGGCUGUCAGUUAUAUUAAGGUUGUUGUUGUUGUUUUAAACAAAAUGGAAAAGCAUAAAUAAAUAAAGGGUUUAUCUUAGUUCCAUCAUGA